AUGACCACCCUCCUGCUUGCUCCUUAUAAUGCUUCAAUGCGCAUGGGCCAGGGGUAUAACUCGUUCCUUCAGAUUUCAUGCCUGGACGAUGCGGUCAGAAUUACAGAGUCGUCGCUCAAACCCCAGCCCGUCCGUGCGCGCAACAAGUCGAACGUCUCCCAGACAGUUUCGUAUAGCUCUCGCUUUGUCGAAAGAAUCUCCGAAUUCACAGGCAAUAUGAAUAUCAGUGCGGCUUCUUCGAUCAAAACCGGUAUUAUUGAAGUUCUCGGCAACUCUAUCAGUCUAGACCAGGCCAAGUUUUUCGCUAGUGAUCUCAACGUGGAGGUCGGGGUCAAGGUGGUCAAUCGUUUCCUGGAAGGUGGUGAUUUACAUGCAAUCGUCUCUAUCAAGAUCUUGGAUGCUACCAAGAAGUCGGAAAUUGAGUCUACGUCAGUUCUCAGAGACCGUAAUGCCAGUUAG